AUGACGUGGAACUAUGUGUUGAUACUGAGCGCGCUGGCCUCGUUGCCCUUCGCCUCUGCAUCUCCAGUGGAUGCUCGUCAGGCCCCUCCCUUUUCGACAUCGGUCUCUACCAUCUCGGGGCCACCUACCCAUACCUUUCCUACUUCCCAGCCGCACACCCCAUUCUCUGGAACCCCAUCGACUACUGGAGCUCUGACUGCCACCUCAGUUGGAACGGGUAUCGUUGAGGCAUCCGCGAUUUCCCCCGCGGAAACGACCUACCACGCUGAUGGCAAGCUUCACAAUGCUGAACCUGCUCCGUAUGUCCCAGCGGGAGGAGUUGGCACCAAUGGAUCAAUUCCUGUUUAUAACGCCAAGAGUGACUUUGAUUAUGAGUCUUUGGCUCUCGCUCUAUAUCAAGAAUGGAUUGAGCUGGACCUGUUCAAUGAUGGACUGAGACGCUUUUCUGCUCAAGAUUUCAAGGACGCUGGUCUAAACGCAGCCGACCGUGACCUAAUUGCUUUUAUGGCCGAGCAAGAGGUUGGACACGCGACCCUGAUUAGCAACAUGCUCGGUGCCCAAGCUCCUCAACAGUGCCAGUACAACUAUCCGUACACCAAUGUUAAGGAGUUCCUCGAUUUCUGCCAGAAGUUGACCCGCUUCGGCGAAUCCGGUGUCUAUGGGUUCUUGGCCCACUUAGAUUCGAGAGAGGCUGCUACACUUCUUACUCAAUCCAUCACUACCGAGGCGCGGCAGCAGAUGAUUUUCCGCCAAUUCCAAGGUCUCUUCCCUAUGCCAGUGUGGUUUGAGGUCGGUGUGCCACAGUCCUGGGCAUGGACUUUGCUGGCUCCGUAUAUCAGUUCAUGUCCCAUCAACCAGACUCGACUGGUGUGGCAAAAUUUCCCUGCCUUGAGAAUUCUCAACCAGCCUAGUCUUUCUGGUGCCAACGCGAGCAACGCGAGCAACGCAACUGGGUUGAACAGUACUAUGGGAGGAGGCAACACUCUGGGACCUGGCGUGAACGUGGCAAAGGCCGGUUCAUCAAACUCUACCAGCUGGAACAGUGACGCUGGAGCACUUGUUACACCUAACAAAUACACACCUCUCUCGUUCCCUGGCCGCUCGGUCGCUCUGCAGUGGGGGACCCCUGGCAAGCCGGUCGGCCCAAACAACAGUUAUGUGACAUCUACCCAGGCUGGUAGUCCCAAAUAUGUCGCUUGGGUGUCGCAGCUGAACGUGACCUACACGCCUUUGAACGUUUCCGGUAACCGUGGCUAUACCACCCAACCUGACUUGGAGACCUUCCAAGGUGAUCCUGCAAUUAACGGCACUAUGUUCAUCGCCAUUACCGACUCUGACCCAUUCUUAACACCGUUCAAUCUGAGCAUGAUCAAUCCACACGUUGUUGCUGGACCCGCUCUGUACCAGGCCGGAUAA